UUGCACGUUUACAACACAUGCCAAAUCUCCCUUCUCUCUCCUCAACGCAACUGAAAAAUCAAAAUUAAAACCUCAUCAAAUUCAUCUUCUCUUCCGAUCCUACACAACAACUGCUACACGUAAAAAUCUGCACAAACUCUAUCGAUCACUACAACAAUAUUCCUCUGAUCGGAGUUAAGCAAUAAUAUGGAAUCGGAGCAGUUAAUUCCCGCCGGAGGUAGUGGAUCGCACUACGUGCAAAUGCAAUCUGAGCCCUCGAGACUGUCAUCGUUCUUCUCGUUUCAUCAAAAUCCGCCUGAGUCAACUCGGAUUUUCGAUGAGUUACCGAAGGCCACAAUUGUGCAAGUUUCUCGUCCCGAUGCCGGCGAUAUUAGCCCCAUGCUUCUUUCCUAUACUAUCGAUUUCCAGUACAAACAGUUCAAAUGGCAGUUAGUGAAGAAAGCCUCACAUGUAUUUUAUUUGCACUUUGCAUUAAAGAAACGUGCGAUUAUCGAAGAAAUUAAUGAGAAACAGGAACAGGUUUGUAUACCUUCUCUUCAGCAUAGUUAUAUUUCUAUAUUCUUGUUUGUUUUACAUGACUGGCUCUUUUUUAUGAAGGUUAAAGAAUGGCUUCAAAACCUAGGAAUCGGGGACCACCCAGCAGUUGUGCAUGAUGAUGAUGAACCCGAUGGCAAUGUAACAACAUCAAAUAUGGAGGGAAGUGUUAGAAACAGAGAUGUUCCAUCAAGCGCAGCCCUACCAAUGAUACGCCCAGCCCUUGGAAGGCAACAUUCCAUUUCGGAUCGAGCCAAAACCGCAAUGCAGGAAUACUUGAAUCAUUUUCUUGGGAACCUGGACAUUGUGAACUGCAGAGAGGUGUGCAAGUUUAUGGGGGCUUCUAAGUUAUCCUUUUGUCAAGAGUAUGGGUCCAAGCUAAAAGAAGAAUAUGUAUUAGUAAAGCAUUUACCAAAAAUUCCCGACAAGGAUGAUGACCGAAAAUGUUCUGCUUGUUCUUGGUUCAAUUGUUGUAAUGACAACUGGCAAAAGGUAUGGGCGGUAUUGAAACCUGGAUUCUUAGCCCUGCUAAAAGAUCCUUUUGACUCUGAGCCAUUGGACAUAAUUGUCUUUGACGUUCUACCUCCUUCAGAUGGGAAUGGUGAAGGUCGCGUAUCAUUAGCUAAAGAGACGAACGAACAUAAUCCUUUACGCCAUUCGUUUCUGGUAUCAUGUGGAAGCCGAAGUAUAACAAUAAGAAGUAGAAAUAAAACAAAAGUUAGGGACUGGGUUGCUGCAAUUAAUGAUGCAGGACUAAGGCCACCUGAAGGUUGGUGCCAUCCUCACCGGUUCGGUUCGUUUGCUCCACCUCGUGGUCUCACAGACGAUGGUAGUCAGGCUCAGUGGUUCGUUGACGGUCGAGCUGCAUUUGCAGCAAUUGCUUUAGCAAUUGAAGGCGCAAAAUCUGAGAUAUUUAUUUGUGGGUGGUGGUUAUGUCCAGAAUUGUAUUUAAGACGUCCUUUUCAAGCCCAUGCAUCCUCUCGCCUUGAUGCUUUGUUGGAAGCAAAAGCCAAACAAGGUGUUCAGAUUUACAUUCUCAUGUAUAAAGAGCUUGCGCUUGCACUGAAAAUUAAUAGCGUCUAUAGUAAGAAAAUGCUGGUUGCAAUCCAUGAGAAUGUGCGAGUUUUACGUUUUCCCGAUCAUUUCUCCAGUGGUGUGUAUCUAUGGUCCCACCAUGAGAAAUUGGUCAUUGUUGAUAAUGAUGUUUGCUUCAUUGGUGGACUUGAUCUUUGCUUUGGUCGUUAUGACUCAAAUGAGCACAAAGUGGGUGAUGAACCUGCUAUGUUUUGGCCUGGAAAGGACUAUUAUAACCCCCGGGAAUCUGAACCAAAUUCGUGGGAAGAUACAAUGAAGGACGAGCUGGACCGUAAAAUAUAUCCUCGUAUGCCAUGGCACGAUGUCCAUUGCGCCUUAUGGGGCCCACCAUGUCGUGAUGUCGCUCGACACUUUGUUCAGCGUUGGAAUUAUGCAAAGAGAAACAAAGCUCUCAACGAGCAAGGUAUUCCAUUACUCAUGCCUCAGCAACACAUGGUGAUCCCACAUUACAUGGGCAACAAUAGAGAACACGAGAACGAAAAUACAACAGUUGUGGACACUCAUCAAGUAAUCAACAGAGAGAAUUUUUCUUCAUCUGUAUCUUCUGAAGACAUCCCAUUGUUAAUCCCUCAAGAAGCUGAUGAGAUUGAUGCUUCUAAUAGACAAAUAAAGAUUAACGGGUCAAAUGAGUUUCAUGGUCAACCAAGUAGGCCUUCGAGGAGUUCUUUUUCUUUCAUGAAAUCCAAAGUUGAACCUUUAGCUCCAGAUAUGCCAAUGAGAGAUUUUGUGAACGGACGACACACGUUAAAUCUUGAGAAAGAAUUGUUCACUGGCAUUAAAUCUAAUGAUAAAGAAUGGUGGGAGAAUCAGGAGCGAGGUAGCCUACUUGUGUCAGCAGAUGAAUCAGGACAAGUUGGUCCUCGUGUUGCGUGUCGUUGUCAGGUUGUAAGGAGUGUCAGUCAGUGGUCAGCUGGGACAAGUCAAGUUGAAGAGAGCAUUCACAAUGCUUAUUGUUCCCUUAUUGAGAAAGCUGAACAUUUUGUCUACAUUGAGAACCAAUUUUUUAUCUCGGGUUUUGCUGGAGAUGAAAUAAUACGAAACCGUGUGUUGGAAUCCUUAUACAGACGUAUCAUCAGGGCAUAUCAUGAAAAACAACAAUUUAGGGUCAUUAUUGUGAUUCCACUCUUACCUGGCUUCCAGGGUGGCCUUGAUGAUGUGGGGGCCGCAUCUGUAAGAGCCAUAAUGCAUUGGCAGUAUCGAACAAUAUCAAGAGGAAAUGGUUCUAUAUUACACAAGCUCUCUGAUCUUCUAGGUCCUAGAGUUCAUGAUUACAUAUCUUUCUACGGUCUUAGGGCUUAUGGUAGACUUUCUGAUGGCGGUCUUAUCGCUUCCAGCCCGGUAUAUGUGCAUAGCAAGGUUAUGAUAAUUGAUGACAACACAGUCUUGGUUGGAUCUGCUAAUAUUAAUGAUAGGAGUUUGCUUGGAUUACGAGAUUCUGAGAUAGGAGUACUUAUUGAAGAUAAAGAAUUAGUGGAAUCUUUCAUGGGAGGCAAUCCGUGGAAAGCUGGAAAAUUUGCGUUAAGUCUUCGCCUUUCACUUUGGUCCGAACACCUUGGUCUUCAUAGUACAGAGAUUAACAAAAUAACUGACCCAGUGAUUGAUUCCACCUACAAAGAUAUAUGGAUGGCGACUGCAAGGACGAAUACCAUGAUCUACCAAGAUGUCUUCUCUUGCAUUCCUAAUGAUCUUAUACAUUCCAGAGCAUCGUUAAGGCAAUGUGUGAGUGAGAGAAAAGCAAAACUCGGGCACACUACCAUCGAUCUAGGAAUAGCCCCGAAGAGUCUCGAGUCCUAUGAAGAUGGAAUUGUGAAGGGAAUCGAUCCAAUGGAUAGAUUAUCAGCGGUGAAAGGCCAUCUGGUUUCUUUCCCUACAGAUUUCAUGUUAAAAGAAGAUUUACGGCCAAUGUUCAAUGAAAGCGAGUAUUACGCAUCACCUCAAGUUUUUCACUGAGUGUGAUGAAUAUGGUUUAACAGUACUGGAUUACCUUACAUUCAUUCAUCAAUGGGGUAAAAUAUUUACAUCAGGGAUAGUCACCAAAAACGAGAUGUACAUAAUGUACAUUCAUAUUGGAUCGGGACUUUGUUUUACUGUAAAUAGCUGUUGUAUAUCUCACCUAUUCAUGGUGAGUUGCACCUUCCAAGCUCGCGACUGGCGGUCCGAGCCAAUGUUCAAGUGACGAGAAUCCAUUCUUUUGGGGAUACGGGUUGAUGCUUUGUUCUGGUUACAGUUUGAAAGAGAGUUUUCUCUAUGCCCAUAGGUUGCAACUCUUAUAAUACUUGAUGUCUACUUUGAACCAUUCAUAUGUUAUAGAUACACUCUCUUCCCAUUAAUUUCAAAAUAAAUUGACAUUUUAAUUUUUC